AUGGCAGACAGAUUAGGAAAGGAAAAUACCAGCUGGGUAGAGAAGGUGUUCUUCUUCUUUUUCUUGUUUUUGUUUUCUGUGCGGAUGAUAACAGCAGAUCAAGACACAGUUAUCAGUCAUAGUCAUAAACUUGAGGUUGAUAAACUUUUGAAGAAGUUGAAUAAAGCAGCUGCUAAGUCCAUUAAGAGUCCUGAUGGAGAUAUUAUCGAUUGUGUCUCUAUUCUAAAUCAGCCGGCUUUUAAUCAUCCGAAACUCAAAAAUCACAAGAUUAAGAUGAGGCCAAAUUUUCAACCACAAGAUAAUAUACUUGAAGUGAGUAAUGAAAUAUCUUCAAAAUCAAAGCCAAUCGUUCAGCUAUGGCACCAAAGUGGAAGUUGUCCAGAGGGUACUAUUCCGAUAAGAAGAACAAGAGAAGAGGACAUACUGAGAGCAAGCUCCAUGCAACAAUUCGGGAAGAAGAAUCUCAAGAACGUCGUACUACCCUUAACCCCAAAUGGUGGAGGUCAAGGGGGAUACGAGUUUGCCUCAGUAUUUAUUAAAGGAGAUAAAUAUUAUGGAGGCAAGGGAGCCAUGAACGUUUGGAAUCCUAAUGUUGAACAAUCCCAAGAAUAUAGUCUCUCUGCAACUUGGGUGGAAGUGAUGCUGAUCGUGAAAAUAUCGAAGUUAUUGAAGCUGGUUGGCAGGAUAAAGGCAAUGGAGAAUGGUGGAUGUGAUAUGGCACUGAUCAAAUUGUGGGAUAUUGGCCUUCCUCUUUGUUCUCAAGUCUAUCAGACAGUGCAACAGUGA